AGACAGUGUUUUAAGACACGGAGGAAAAAGAAACUGACAAUCCCAAGUUACAGUGUUACACAUGGCCCCCCAAAUAUCUCGCCUAGAUCAUCUCCCUACCCCUCAAAAUUUCGACUAUAAAACUGCACUGCUCCCUUGGUCCUCCAAGAAGAAAGGAACAAAGGAGAGAGAUCUCGAUCCGCACACCUCACGCCUCUCUUCCUCUCGCCCCAAGGACAACGAAAACAUCAAACAAGAGAACCAAAGGAAACAGAGCAAGAGCAUCGCUCUCGAAGCAAAACGCGCACCACGCCGUCGCCGGCCGGCCACUUCGCACGUACGUAGGACGCGCACGCACCGGUGCAUAUAUGGGGCUCCUGAACCAGCUGUGGGACGACACGGUGGCCGGGCCGCGCCCGGACUCCGGCCUCGGCAAGCUCCGCAAGUACGCCUCCUUCUCCCCCUCGUCGUCGUCGUCGGCGGCGGUGGCGGCGGCGGCGGCGGCGGGCUCCGCGCCGCCUCCGGGCGCCGUGACGCGGAGCUUGACCAUGCUGCGGCGGCCGGCGGCGCUGUCCGUCGUCACGUCGCCCCGCAGCGAGUCCAGCUCCGCGCCGUCGUCCCCGUCGCCCGCAAGCGGCGCUCCGGAUUCGCCCUUCGGCGCAGCUGCAGCGACGACGCCCAGGGGAGAGGGCUGGACGAAGAAGCUGCGCGGGAAAGCCAGGAUGGGCGGCGGCGGCGGUGACGACGCCCCCGGCACGCCGAGGAGCCCCACCGUGUACGACUGGAUCUUGCUUGGAUUUGAUCUGACAUCAUCUGAUGUGCGUGUCCCCUUCUUCUCCCUCCCAACGGCUGCAGGGUGGUGAUCAGUUCGCUGGACCUCUGAAGCCCAAGCCAAGACGAGAACUGCACAAGGAAACCCACCACCACCAUCAACACAGCUAGCGAACUGAAGGAGGGAGGGGGCAGAGGGGCCAUGGCCAUGUAAUGUAACGACCAAUCUCUUUCAGAGCUUCUGGUGACGUGUCCAGUUACUAUAUACAUACAUACGUUAACGGUGUACUAUGUGUCUUGUUGUAAAUGUCACCCCUGCGAGGUGUUGCCGAUUUUGUAAGCUACUACGUACUACUACGCUCGGCAUGUCACCGUGUGCAAGUGCAACACAAGUUUGUAAAAAUGACUAGCUAGUAGUAGCAAUGCUGUUGCUGUACGAGUAGGCCUCCCUCUGCUUUGUACAGGGGUAGUCCAACAAGUAUAUGGUUUGCUGGUGCCAUGUAAAAAUGUAUAUAGAAUCCUACGUUCACGCCCAGCAAGGAUGCGUGGUUGAGUGUUCUGGACUCUGGACAAUACUACUAUCCAAUAACAGCCAUACCGUGUUUUUUUCCUGGGCCAA